AUGUUGCGCGCCCUGCGGCGCCGCUGGGACCGCUACAAGUACCGCUUCGUGCCCUGGCUCGCGCUCAACCUCCGCCGCGAGCGCAGGACCCUCCGGUAUGUUCCCAAAAACUCCCAAGACAAAAUUAUCCCGGAUGGAGAUGUCUUUCUGACCCUGCUGAAAGUCUUUGAAGCUCUGUUCAUAAAUGACUUGAGUAAACAAGCCCAAGUGCUGGCCCUAUGUCCUGAAAUUAGACGUAAAUACCUGGAGCCGCCGUCUCCCGAGCGGACACAACCCGGCAUCGACGCACGGAGCGGCCGGAGCCAGCGCGUGCGCAGCCCGGAGGAGGUUCUUUUCGACACCCUUGGGUUCAGCAUCACUCGAGACCGAAGCUCGCUGCUUUCUGCCGGAACCGGAGUCUUCGUUUCCAAAGGUUUUGUGCCAAAGGGGACCGUUGUGUCCAUGUAUCCCGGUACAAUGUACAGAAAACAUGAGCCCAUCUUCUUCCAGUCCCUUGGCAAUCCCUUUAUUUUUAGGUGCAUAGAUGGUGUUCUUAUUGAUGGGAACGACAAAGGGCUAUCCAGAGCAGUGUACAGGUCCUGCAGCCGCAGGGACGGGCUGGGCGCGCUGCGGGCCUGUGACAGCAGCUGGCUCACGGCGGCGCCGCGCAACCCGCUGGCGCUGGGGCACUACGUGAACAACUGCGCACAGGAAAAAGCCGCCAAUGUCUGUUACCAGGAGUUCGACGUGCCAGCAUCUUUUCCAGUAGAGCUGAAGCAGUAUCUUCCAAACAUCGCCUACAGCCAUGACAUAGAGAGCCACCUGAGGUGUGUCGUGCUUGUUACGCUCAGAGACAUCAAGCAAGGAGAAGAACUUUUUUCUAAUUACUUCACUGUUGUUAACUGAAUUAUUCAGUGGAUGGGCUGGAUGAAUCUGUUUUAUUAAAAUAAAUGAAGUGUGUACAUGCUUCGA